ACCGAGCCGCCUCACUGCUGUUUCUGGGCACGUGGCGCCACCUGGUGGUCACUAUGGUGUCUGCGCCCAGGUGGUUUCUGGAAAGUCAUUUGUGCACAGGAGCCUUGGGGCCACCAGCUGCUGCUCUGUCACCCUCUUUCAUGAAUGUGGUGACUCUAUGCAGUGGACCGAUCACACACCCCUUACAGGCUGUCAUGUGCAUAGUGGGCCCUUUGUCCCUGGAGUGGAAGUCUUGGUGGGUAAGAGGGUGAGGCCUGGGUAAGACAGGUCUGAGAUUUGCCCUGGGCACAGACUAGGGUGAGCCUCAUGUCACUAAGACCUCACAUCGGCUGUCCUGUGUGUGUGCAAACUCCUGCAACCCCAGCUGUGCUUUCUCCCCUCCUUCAAGCCUUUGCUCAGAUGUCACUUCACAGGGAGGCCUCACUGCCUCCUGUCAAGCAACCCUAGUUUGCUUUUUUCCCCCCCAUCAUACUUAGCAUCUUUUAACCAGUACAUUCACUUAUUUAAAAAGUUUAUUGUCUAGGCUGUAAGCUCCAGGAGGGCAGGGAUUUUGUCUCGUUUCUCCACCAAUGUGCCUCAAGCACCUGGAGCAGUAUCCUGAUCGUAGUGUGUGCUAAGAUAGUUGUCCCAUGGACUUAUGUUGUCUGAGGACCUAGGAUGUGCCCAGCACUGUCUGUUGGGAUGAACAAGGCAGGCACAGAGAAAGUCAGUGCUGAGCACAUAGUAGUGCUCUGACAGUGGGGGACAUGAGCACCACGGUUGGGCUUAUCACUGCUUCUCCCUCCUCCCGGGUCUGGGUGCAAUGAAUCUUCAGAUGUCAGCGUUGUCAUUACUGAAUAACACACCGUGCCCCGCAGGCCUGCCUUGCUCCGCCAGGAACCAUGAGUGAGGCCCGCAGGGACAGCACGAGCAGCCUGCAGCGCAAGAAGCCACCCUGGCUGAAGCUGGACAUUCCCUCUGCGGUGCCCCCGACAGUGGAAGAACCCAGCUUCCUGCAGGUAGGCCCUGGCCUGCAGGGACUGUGGGUGCCCCCUGUCCAGUAUCCUCACCAUGACCCUGUUGCCCAGCCCCUGAGGCGACAGGCUUUCCUGAGGAGCGUGAGUAUGCCAGCCGAGACAGCCCACAUCUCUUCGCCCCACCAUGAGCUCCGGCGGCCGGUGCUGCAGCGCCAGACGUCCAUCACACAGACCAUCCGCAGGGGGACCGCUGACUGGUUUGGAGUGAGCAAGGACACUGACAGCACCCAGAAAUGGCAGCGCAAGAGCAUCCGUCACUGCAGCCAGCGCUACGGGAAGCUGAAGCCCCAGGUCCUCCGGGAGCUGGACCUGCCCAGCCAGGACAACGUGUCGCUGACCAGCACCGAGACGCCACCCCCACUCUACGUGGGGCCAUGCCAGCUGGGCAUGCAGAAGAUCAUAGACCCCCUGGCCCGUGGCCGCGCCUUCCGUGUGGCAGAUGACACUGCGGAAGGCCUGAGUGCCCCACACACUCCCGUCACGCCGGGUGCUGCCUCCCUCUGCUCCUUCUCCAGCUCCCGCUCAGGUUUCCACCGGCUCCCGCGGCGGCGCAAGCGAGAGUCGGUGGCCAAGAUGAGCUUCCGGGCGGCCGCAGCACUGAUGAAAGGCCGCUCCGUUAGGGAUGGCACCUUGCGCCGGGCACAGCGUCGAAGCUUCACUCCAGCUAGCUUUCUGGAGGAGGACACAACUGAUUUCCCCGAUGAGCUGGACACAUCCUUCUUUGCCCGGGAAGGUACCCUCCAUGAAGAGCUGUCCACAUACCCGGACGAAGUUUUCGAGUCCCCAUCGGAGGCAGCGCUAAAGGACUGGGAGAAGGCACCGGAGCAGGCGGACCUCACCGGCGGGGCCCUGGACCGCAGCGAGCUUGAGCGCAGCCACUUGAUGCUGCCCUUGGAGCGAGGCUGGCGGAAGCAGAAGGAGGGCGCCGCAGCCCCGCAGCCCAAGGUGCGGCUCCGACAGGAGGUGGUGAGCACCGCGGGGCCGCGGCGGGGCCAGCGUAUCGCGGUGCCGGUGCGCAAGCUCUUCGCCCGGGAGAAGCGGCCGUAUGGGCUGGGCAUGGUGGGACGGCUCACCAACCGCACCUACCGCAAGCGCAUCGACAGCUUCGUCAAGCGCCAGAUCGAGGACAUGGACGACCACAGGCCCUUCUUCACCUACUGGCUUACCUUCGUGCACUCGCUCAUCACCAUUCUAGCCGUGUGCAUCUAUGGCAUCGCGCCCGUGGGCUUCUCACAGCAUGAAACGGUGGACUCGGUGCUGCGGAACCGCGGGGUCUACGAGAACGUCAAGUACGUGCAGCAGGAGAACUUCUGGAUCGGGCCCAGCUCGGAGGCCCUCAUCCACCUGGGCGCCAAGUUUUCGCCUUGUAUGCGCCAGGACCCGCAGGUGCACAGCUUCAUUCGCUCAGCGCGCGAGCGCGAGAAGCACUCCGCCUGCUGCGUGCGCAACGACAGGUCGGGCUGCGUGCAGACCUCGGAGGAGGAGUGCUCGUCCACGCUGGCAGUGUGGGUGAAGUGGCCCAUCCAUCCCAGCGCCCCAGAGCUUGCGGGCCACACGAGACAGUUUGGCUCUGUCUGCCACCAGGAUCCCAGGGUGUGUGAUGAGCCCUCCUCGGAAGACCCUCACGAGUGGCCAGAAGACAUCACCAAGUGGCCGAUCUGCACCAAAAACAGCGCCGGGAACCACACCAACCAUCCCCACAUGGACUGUGUCAUCACAGGACGGCCCUGCUGCAUUGGCACCAAGGGCAGGUGUGAGAUCACCUCCCGGGAGUACUGUGACUUCAUGAGGGGCUACUUCCACGAGGAGGCCACGCUCUGCUCUCAGGUAGGUCUCCCGAGUGUCCGUCGUUCCCCUCCCCCAGCUGCUGUGAUGCUGAUCUGCUGCUCUGCGCAGGUGCACUGCAUGGAUGAUGUGUGUGGGCUCCUGCCUUUCCUCAACCCCGAGGUGCCUGACCAGUUCUACCGCCUGUGGCUAUCCCUCUUCCUGCACGCCGGGAUCCUGCACUGCCUGGUGUCCAUCUGCUUCCAGAUGACUGUCCUGCGGGACCUGGAGAAGCUGGCAGGCUGGCACCGCAUAGCCAUCAUCUACCUGCUCAGUGGUGUCACUGGCAACCUGGCCAGUGCCAUCUUCCUGCCGUACCGAGCAGAGGUGGGUCCCGCUGGCUCCCAGUUCGGCAUCCUGGCCUGCCUCUUCGUGGAGCUCUUCCAGAGCUGGCAGAUCCUGGCGCGGCCCUGGCGUGCCUUCUUCAAGCUGCUGGCUGUGGUGCUCUUCCUCUUCACCUUUGGGCUGCUGCCCUGGAUUGACAACUUUGCCCACAUCUCGGGGUUCAUCAGUGGCCUCUUCCUCUCCUUCGCCUUCUUGCCCUACAUCAGCUUUGGCAAGUUCGACCUGUACCGGAAACGCUGCCAGAUCAUCAUCUUUCAGGUGGUCUUCCUGGGUCUCCUGGCCGGCCUGGUGGUCCUCUUCUACUUCUACCCUGUCCGCUGUGAGUGGUGUGAGUUCCUCACCUGCAUCCCCUUCACUGACAAGUUCUGCGAGAAGUACGAACUGGACGCUCAGCUCCACUGACAAGUUCUGCGAGAAGUACGAACUGGACGCUCAGCUCCACUGAGCUGGCUGUGGGCUCCAGCAGGCCAGAGCCAGACACGGCAACCCUGAGCCUCACAGGCUUACAGGAGUCACCUGCUCCAUGUGGGGACUGGCCUGUUUCCUGAACACAGACCUCUUUCUUGUGCCUUGUUCACUUCCGUUGAAUCCCUCGUACUGCCGGGCAUUUAUUAUACUACUUCCUGUCAUAACCUUCUAACUUGUUCCUUGACGACCACCUCAUGUGGCCAAUAAAUGGACUGGGAGCGUUUUAGCUGCCGUUAACUUGA